AUGUAUGCAGGUGUUCCUUUAAUUUGUAUUCCUUAUGGAGUUGAUCAAUUCUACAAUUCCUCUCUUGUUGAACAUUUGGGUAUUGGUAAAUAUGUAGCGCUUAUCAAAUUUGUGGAAGAGGAAAAAGUUGAAAAUCCAAAAUUUAUUUUUGAUUUUGAAAAAGCUUUCCGUGAAAUGAUUAGGGAAUAG